AUGGCGGUUUUGGACAAAAGUGAGGAAGUGCCAUUCCAACUAAAAAUUGAGUCGUAUCUAAGGAGCCUUGAAAACAUUUGUGACUCUGGACAAGGAAAGAGAGCAGAAAAGGCGCGCCUUCUUCAUGAUAAAUAUACUAUGGGAAAUCGACCAGAUCAACAUAUUGCUAAAGGCUGGGAGGAAGAGCGUAAAUUGAAAUUGAACAAUGUACCCUCGAUCAAUAUUCAAAAUUCAUCAAUUGAUUCAACAAUUUCGGGGACCUUAACAAUGGCGGCACUUCAUCCAAUUGUUAGUGAAAGAUCAGAUGAACAGGCUAUACUAUUAGAUUCCUCGUCCGAAUAUAUUCAUUCUGGAGGAUCAGAGGAGGGUGAUGAACUUGAUUUUAGUCCAGUAGGACGUAAAAAACCCAAAAAGGCAAAGUUGAAAUCAAAUGAAUUACCAUCCUCUCCUUCUCCUCAAUUUCCUGGGCAGUAUUAUGUACGAGAGAAGACUACGAGACCCUUAGAAGCAGAAGAUGAUUAUGAUCGUUUUUACAAACGUCAACGUGGACAAGAAGAUCCAAUCGAGAUUGAUGAGGAAGAACGAAUGUUGAAAGGAUAUCAUCAAGGAGGGAAUACAUCUCCACCAUCUCAACCAUCAUGUGCAAAAGAAACAACUCUUCAGCGUAAUGGGGAGUGGAUUAUUGGUACUAAUAAGGUCAAUGUGCGUGAUUUGCUGACAUUGUGGCAGAAUGAAAAAAAGCGUCCACACAAUGAUGACAUCAAAGAAUUAAUCGUGAAAAUAGUCAAGGAACCUGAUUUUCAAAAGGCCGUAGAAAAUAAUUUUUUAUCGACGAGAGAUGACGAUAGAAAAAAAUUUACAUGGGAUUUUGCAUACCAACUUGCUAAUUCCUUUGAGCGCGGAAAUGAUCUUAAUGAGAAUUUAUCCGAAAGAAUUGGCGAGAUAUCCUUAUUUGCGUCAGCAGAAGAUUAUGAUCUAACCAAAAAUGAUGAGGAUCGCAGUAGUGGACGAAAAAUCGAUAUUGUUUGGACAACAUUGCCAAAACUUGAAUUUGCUAUCGGAGAAGUUAUUUGUCCGCCUAGCCAACGCCAGCAUCCACACUUUUUUGGAGAUAAGCUUAAAAUUGCGAAAAUGUUAAAAGUAAUGUUGAAUAGAAUAAUACGAAUAUAUGGAUGUAUCGGGGAGAGUUUAAGCUUACUAAAGCUAUAUGGUUUACAAAUUUCGGUAAGUAUUUUCAAUAUAGAUGGUAGUCUUUUAUUUCUUUUAUUGUGUUUCUAUGCAUGCUUUGUUAUUAACUCAAAUGGCUAUAGAUCAUACUGCAUUUGUUUACGAGAUGACUGUGCCAUAUAA